AUCAGAUUCGAACCAACAAACAAUUCGAAAACAAAAACAAUUUUAACAAUGAAACUUCGAUUCUUCUUCGCUUUUGUCUUAUUGGCAUCAAUGUGCAUGUCAGUAUUCGCCGGUGGUUAUGGUGGAGGUGGAGGUGGUGGCGGUGGAUAUGGUGGCGGUGGUGGAAAAGGUGGCGGCGGAGGCGGCUAUGGUGGUGGUGGUAAAGGAGGUGGUGGCGGCGGCUACGGAGGCGGAAGUGGUGGUGGCUAUGGCGGUGGUGGUGGUGGCGGAAAAGGUUAUGGCCGUCGUUAAAAAAAACAUAUCUAAAAAUCGUUAUCAAAUAACGUAUUGAAUAAAACCGAAUUGCAUUCAACCAGAAAAACAAACACUGUUCAUAAUAACACACGCUUAUACGAUUAAACAACACCCACACAAACAUAUCGUAAAAAAUAUGUUAAAAACA